AUGUUUCAUCGUUCAUCAAAUUUCAAUCGACUAAUCGUUGGAUCCAAUCAAAUCAUUCAGCCAAUACGUCGUGCUCGUAUACCGUUUUGGGAAUUUUUAAAAACAGCAUUUCAAGCACGCUCAAAUCCCGAAGCUAGCAAUCACAGAAAACGUAUUGGCGGUUUUCAACCGAUGAAAGUUGAACUUCUGCCUAAUCGAACAUACUAUUGGUGUUCAUGCGGUUAUGCACAUCAUCAAGCUCUUUGCGAUCAAGCAUGUAAACAGUUGAGAGGCAAUUUACGUCCAUUAAAAUUUACUUCAUCAAAAUUUCAAGUGGCUGAAUUAUGUAUGUGUAAAUCGACAGAGAGAGCUCCGUAUUGUGAUCAAUCAUGUCGCACUCGUUUUGUUGGUAUGCAAAUGCGUAUGGGCAAUUCUGUCGAAGGAACAUAUUCGAAUGUAAAAGAAUUUCUUAAUACAAUACCGAAAGGUAUUGAUAAUUAUCGACAAUUUGCUGCUGAUCGACAAGCUAAACUUGAACACACAGAACGUUUAAGAAAAAAAGUUGAUGACGAAAAAAAUAAAAAAUUUUCUGAAGAAACAUAA